AUGCCUGAACCCGAGAAAGGCGACAAAGUCUCCUGGAACUGGGGCUCCGGCAACCCAGGCGGCGAAGUCGCUGAAAAGAAAGAAGAAGGCGAAAUCGCCAUCAAGUCCAAAAAGGGCAACACCAUCAAGAAGAACGCCUCCCCGGAUAACCCGGCCGUGCAUGUCAAGCGCUCUGGCAAUGAUGUUGUUAAGCGGGCGAACGAGUUGAAUAUAGAGAAGAAGGCUGGUGGAGGUGGCGGUGGUGGUGGGAAGCGCAAGAAGGAUGAGGAGGAAGAGGAGAAGAAAGAGGAGAAGGAAGAAGAGGAGGGUGGUGAGGAAGGGUUGGAGAAGAAUGACGAGGGCAAGACCGUGAAGGCCGGAAGCAAGGCCAAGAAGCAGAAGAAAGAUGAGAAGGAAACAAAUGGUGACAGUAAGGAGGCAAAGAAGGAUGAGAAAAAGGCCCCAGCAAAGAAAGGAGCCGCGGCCAACACCAAGAAGAAGGCAGAAGAGAAGAAGCCUAGCAAGCCGAGAGACGAGACGACUGUCAGCUCGAGGACGCGAAGCCGCGGGAAGUGA